AUGCGUGAACGUCUUCCUAUUUUGCGCUGUUUGCCUGGCAGUUUCGACGACAAUCGUCAACCUUACCUCCCUGAUGAAAUCAUUACGCAUAUAAUCUGUACAGUGUGUCCAACAGAGGCUUCCAUGACCGCUUCCGGCCAACGUGAGUCGAAAACCUUCCCCGAAUGUAAAUCGAAAGAAAUGGAGCACUGCGGCAUCUUGUACUCUCACCACACCUCAAUGAGUUUCGAAACAGUAUCUUAUAGAUCUGCUGCAAAUCCUACCUCACGCCUCAAAGCGGCGCAGCCUGGCCGUCGGGCAGCUAUGGUGGCGAGACUUCGUCUCGGCAGGGAAUUAGGCGAUGGCUACAAGCUCAUCUACCACGGCAUAUCAAAUCGCAAUGGCGUUGGUAUCAUAGCGAACGAGUCGUUUAGAAAUAGCGUCACAGCGGUGGAUCGACUAUCGGAUCGCUUGAUGGCUGUAAAAGUAGAUACAGAAGAAGUGGAAUUGCGAGUCGUCUCUGCUUAUGCGCCACAGAUGGGCUGUAGUGAAGAAGAGAAGGCGUGCUUUUGGGAAGAUCUGGAGCAGUACGUCCAAUCCCUGGAAGGCGAAGAAGUACUUCUAAUCGGAGGAGACUUUAACGGACAUGUCGGUUCUCGGAAAGACGGGUUCGAGAGUUGUCAUGGUGGAUACGGUUUUGGAGCUCGCAACGACGACGGGUUGUGA